CUGCGCAUGCGCCUUUUUAAGGAAGUUGAAUCAGCCAUAUUAUUUGGACACCUCACAUACCAAAACAUUUGUUAAACCAAUUUAGGCCGCAAAUAUUAUUCUCUGAAGAAAAUUAUUUAAGAAAUCAUUAAGUGAAGAUGUCGGAUUACGAUAGCAACCCAUUUGCAGACCCUGAAGCUGUGAACCCGUUCGCGGAUCAAUCAGUACAGCAAGCUGCUAGAGGUGGAGGUAGACAGGCAGGACUAGACGACUAUAAUCCAUUUGAAAAAGAUAAUCAAACAAAACCAGCUGCUGGGGAAGAGCAUAAGGGAUUGCUUACUGAGGCUACUGUACCAGGACCACAAGCAGCACCAGCCAUCAUGCAACCCUCCAACGACCCACCACCUUACACUCAAAGUUCUGCCCAAAGGGUGGACACUUCAGAGUUAGAGAGAAGGCAACAGGAACUUGAAAAGAAAGCAGAAGAAUUAGCCAGAAAAGAACAAGAGAUGAAAAACAUGCAAUUCCAAGAUCGGCAGAACAAUUGGCCACCUUUACCAAAGUGGUUUCCAGUUGGGCCCUGCUUUUACCAGGACUUCUCCGUUGAUAUACCUUUAGAAUUCCAAAGAACCGUCAAAUUUGUUUACUAUAUAUGGAUGUUUUAUGGUUUUACAUUGUUCCUGAACUUUUUGGGCAGCUUAGCUUACUUCAUCGUAGAUUCGGAUGGUGGUGCUACAUUUGGGCUAUCCAUUCUCUGGUUAAUCCUUUUCACACCGUGUUCAUUUAUCUGCUGGUACAGACCACUAUAUAAAGCUUUCAGGAGUGACAGCUCAUUCAACUUUUUCGUGUUUUUCUUCAUAUUUUUUUUCCAAUUUUGUACAUGUAUUCUGAUGUGUCUAGGAAUAACAGAUAUCUCAGUUGGUGUCAUAGGUGGACUGGGGACCGUCGGAGAUAAUGUGGCCGUCGGCCUCAUCAUGAUAUUUGUCGGUAUAUUUUUUGGGGUCGUUGCAGUGCUCUGCUUUGCCCUUCUUGUGAAGGUACAUAGAAUCUACAGAAGUACUGGAGCCAGUUUUGCCAAAGCACAGCAAGAGUUUGCUACAGGAGUGAUGAAAAAUGAGGCUGUACAGAGUGGAGUAGCUAACGCAGCGUCGUCCGCUGCACAAGGUGCGGUGAGAGGUGCGGCCUCCCAGUAUGGAACUGGUGGCAAGUACUAAGUCAUUGGAGAGGAGGAAACUUGAAGUGUGAUGUACUGUGUAACUUUAGUGAAUGAUUUAGUCUUGAUACUUUAAAACAAUUGAAACAAUUUCAAAGAAGCCAUUAGAUAAUUACAAAGAUGUUAAAUUUGUGUUACAAAUGGAAUAACCUGUAGUCUGGAGAUUAUGAAUGUUGAUAGAAUUUGAUAAUGGCUGCCAUGUAAGUCGGUGGUACUGCAUGUGCUUAACUGCUUAUAAGUGAACUGGUCGGACAUUUAUUAACUUGAUUCUAGGAAAUGAUUGUGAUAACAGGUUUAUUCCACUGUUACCAAUAUUACGUAGUAUGAAAUUUUGUUAUUAUAGACAGUUUUAUUUGUUGUAGCACAUACACAUUUUAAGGUACACAUUAAUAGUUCUAUCUUAUUAUAUAAGAACAAAUGCAGAGUAAUAUUUGUCAUUGUCACAUUUUUUAUUUGGUGCACUAUUUUUGCAUCAGUGUUACUGUAAAAUGAGUUUGUUAUACAAAUAGUUUAAACCAUAUAAAUAUGAGGUAUAGCUUGCUUUGAUGCUAUUGUGUGUCAGUAGAAAGGUGGCAGUUGGGAUGUGUCACAGAUGUAAAGGGGGAAAAAACUAAAGCCAGGUUUUUACAUCUGUAGAACUAUCUUGUAUGUGCUUAUUGCUGUCAUUAACUGUAGUGAUUAAGGACACAAAUGGCAGUGCUUUGUCAUUCCACAUUGGUCAUACAUCAUCAGAUGUUUUGUACAUGUAAAUGCUUAUAUUAUACUUCUGAGAACAUAAUUUACACAACAGCUAUAAACUGUGAUGUUAAGUUAGCAAGGUGUUCUCUAUGAUUUAAUCUUUUACAGCAUAAUUAUUUCUCACCAAAAAACAAGAAAACAAAUUCCUUACAUAAACAUAUAUCUCUGUCAUACUGUAAAAACUACUCGCUGCUUGGAAUGCUUAAAGUAAUCAGUAUUAAUGAUUUGUUAAGAUAAUAAAUAUAGUGUGACAUAAAUAUGUUCUGUAAAUAAUAGGUGGAUAAUUAGUCCCAUUUAUUGACUUUACAUAGUUUAAUGUACAAAGGGGUUUUUACAUAAAUCUGAGCUUACAAGGGUUUAAGUCUAAUGUCAUAACCCACUAUUUUUGACAUUCUUAAAUUUUGCUAAAAUGUGCCUCUUUAUCUACCAUAAAGCUAAAAAUAAGCUUUAGGUCUAGGGAUUUGUGCAUUGCUGGCAUGGCAUUAAUUUAUCUUUGUUGAUAAUUUUGUGAAGACAAUAUAUUUAAAACCAUAUUCUUCUCUGGCACUGACUGAAUUAAAUUUAAUAAUAUAGAGACAGCCUUUAUGGUUAACUAUUUAAAUACUAGAAAAAAAAACACUUGUUUGGUGAUAUAGUUCAGUAAAUAAUACUUCAUCAAAAUAGUGCUUUAAAGGCAUGAAACAAUGAAAAGCUGAAAAACCAAAAAAAAAAAAAAAAUGUAAUACCUAGAAUUUGAAUUGCCAUGUUGAACAUUAUUUGUCAUACAAUAAAAUCAUAGAGAUAUAGAGAAAGAGAUGUCCAUGUUCUUAUUUGAGAACAAAUGAAAUCAGAGAGGACUUAUACUACAUAGAAUAAGUUCAUGUACAACCUAAACUCAUUAAUAUAUGAGCCGCGUCACGACAAAAGCAACAUAAUGUGUUUACGACCAGCAUGGAUCCAGACCAACCUGUGCAUCCGCGCAGUAUGAUCAGGAUCCAUGCUGUUCGCUAUCAGUUUCUCUACUUGUAAGUGAACAGCAUGGAUCCUGAUCAGACUGCGUGGAUGCGCAGGCUGGUCUGGAUCCAUGCUGUUCGCAAGCCCAUUAUGUUGGUUUGUCGUGACGCUGCUCAUAUUUCUGUUAAAGAAAGGACAAAGAGAAUAAACUCAUUGAUAUAUUUCUGUUAAAGAAAGGACAAAGAGAGAGGUUUAUAUAACACAAUAAUGAACAAACAUUGUUAUUUUUGUUUUUCAUAUGUUAUAUGUUAUCUUAGGCUAUUUCUUAUAACUUGUAUGAUAUAUGUAUUUAAAAUUCUUUAAAAAAAGAAGGCUAUUGUUGUAUGUGGUUAGGUUAUGAUGGGACCAAUCAAGAAAUUCUUUGCUUACUGUCAUUUUUGAACCUGUUAACUUCACAAAUUGUAUGUGUAGAACCUUUUUAGCAUUUUCACCAAAAAUACAUCUUUAAAGUAUACUGAGAUAAAUAAUUGAUACUUUCAAAAUUAUUAUUAUUAUUCACCCAAACACAAAUAUAUGUGUUAUUUCAAUAACUUAGAAUUUAUCUAUGAUAUUUUACAACAGUGUUCAAAGCAAAAGUGGUCUAUGUGUAAAAAAGAUAGAAUGACAUAGUCUAGUAUUGUACUGUCUUGUAUAAAGUGAGUAGUACAUAUGUGAAAUUGUUUGGGAAAAAAAUUACAUGAAAUAUUAUUUAUUUUAAGAGAGAUGUUUAUCUGUUAAGUACUUGUGUUGUUUUAUGUAUUUUUUGAAGUGUAUUGCAAUGUUAAAUCAGUAUAUGUUGUGGGACUUUAAUAUGUACGUGUUGACAGCUUGUUGUGAGUCUACCCGUAGCUCUGUUUGUUGGUUCUAUGAACAGGUACAGUAGUCUCCCUUUAAGAUGUUAUUUUAUUUUGUGAAAUUAAUUGAAAACCCACCCACUUCAUAGCUGUUGUUGUUUGACCUGAAGUAGAUUUUACAUUAUAAUUUUACAUUAAAAUUGAUUCACAAAUGUUUAAAUUAUAGUAGACCUUUAUAGUCUAAUAAGAUAUUGGUAAAGGAUCCAUAAGUUCUAGCCAUGUAUAGUUAUAACUUGACCCAUUGGAUUUGUUACAAUUGUUACAAGUGAAAAUUAUUCAAAAAUAUAAAAUUUAAGUUGAAAAUUCUGCUUUAAAUUUGUUAAUCUGGGGAAAUCAAGUUUCGACAAUAACAUGUUUACAUGAAAAUGAAAGUUAACCAUUUGAAUGAUUAUGUUGAUAUUAAGUAUGUCUAUACUAUCAUCUAAGAGUGGUGCCAGCACAGUCAUACUGUUAAGUAUUGAUACUGAAAUCUUUUCAACUACUUAUAAACUGUCCCAGAUUAAAAGGUGAAUAAGUCAUUGAUGUUAACUCAGCAUAGAGAGAAUAUAUAUAUUACAUGUUGUUAUUGACCCUUUAAUUUUAUCCUUAAAUAUAAAUCUCCACAUUCAAAAAAAUGUAAGUAUUAUAUUAUGCUGAUAAUUAGAUUAUUAUCAUUACUGCCUGUUGUCUUUAGUUCAUCUAUUUUAAAAUCUGAAGAAUGUGUUAAUAAGGGUAUUUCUUGUACAAUAACUAUCUUGUCUUAAUUGCUUCAUUGUUGCUUUUUAUUUUAAAAUGAAUAGAUUAAUUGCACAAUGAAAUGCAAGUGCCUGGAAGGGAUGAAAAUCUUGUUUGUUUGAUUUUAAUUUAGGUAAUGUUUUGUAGCUCAGACAUGAGAAAUUAUUAAAUAACUAAAAUUAGCAAGUUUUGAUAGAAGUUUGUAUUUAUUAUGAUGGAGAGAAUAUCAAAGUUCUACUGCAUUAUAAGUAAUAAGUUAAAUAAUAUGCGAGGAACCUAUUCAGAUGCUCUUGUCAUUGAAUUUGAAGUAUGUUUAUGCAUUAUUUAUAGUUGAUGAAAUAGUUUACAAAAAUUUAUCUUUAUCUUAAGUGCUCGUUUCUUUUUGUAAUUCCUAUCUGUAACUGUUGUAUUUUUAAAACAAGAGAGAUCAUCCCUGAUGUAUAUGAAUUUUCACUCCUGUAUUUUGUUGUAAUUCUCUCUUUUAUUAUGUUUUUUGUUGAGCAAUAUGUAUAAAUCAUUUAAGAAACUUGAAAA